GGGGGGUUGCAACGAAAGGGACAGGCAUUCGCUUGAUCAGCGGUUCAAUCUGUAUUUACUCAACUUUGGUGCGCGUUGUUCUCAAAUUUUUUUGGUUUGUGAUUAAAUAAGUUUCAUCGGCCUCAUCGAGUUUAGAAUAUAUAUUUUUUUUAGUUUUCAUCGAGUUUCAAAUUUAGUAGCCAACGCUAAGAAGAUGUUUGAAUUCAUGGUUUGUAUAAACGCUACGAUUUGCAUGCCGAUCAAGAUGGCCGGGAAACCCGAUUUGGGUUCAUGAGUGGAUUGAUAGCAAGAAUAAGGAUAGAAUUACACUGCCAUCCGUACACCAUUUGGGGCCUGGGUCACAUGAUUUUUUUGGACGUGAAUGGGUCACGGGAAUUUAGGGCGUGUUCGGUUGGCUUGGCCGCUUGCCUCGCUCGGCAAGGCUAGUCGGAGAGCAAAUUUGGCUCUCUCAUGCUGGCGAGUGAGCGCGGGCACCGAGGCAGCCGGCAAAGAAUCCGAAUGGAUUUUUUGCUGCGCUUUGCAAAGCAAGGGCGGCAACUGGCAUCGCAUAUCCGGAAGGGAGCAAAUACGAUCAGCUGUUACAAAUUGAGCAGAACAGACUCUUCUUUGUUUCAGCUGCGCCCACGGCCCACGCACGCAGGCCUGAAGAUCUCAGUUGUCCUGGACUAGACAAGUCCGUAGAGAUCUUUGUGGAACCGGGGAGGGAGUCUCAAUCGAUCUUUUCUAGGAUUCCGUCAUGCAGCAUACCACACCUGCAUAUGAUGCGUGAGUGUGAAAACACAGGCCAUGAACCGUCAAAUCCUAGAAGUAGCAUUUUUGGGUCCAAAAUUCAAAUAAACCGCAACAAAAGAUUGCGUUGCUCUUGUUGGGUCCAGAUAAGGUUGCAUAUGCGAAGGCAGUAGGCAUAGUUGGUAGGGUGUUGUCAUCCUUGCUUCCUCAAAAGUAGAUAUUGCUGAGGAAGUGCAAAGUAAGAAAUCAGUGGAAGAUGUAGCUUCUUUUAGCUUGUGGUGGUCCUUCCAUGGACCAUGUCCUUUUCACUUUCUUAUGCCCAGGAGUGGUCACUUAGGUGCUUCUCUUGGUGUUUUAAUUUCAUUAACUGGGGAUGGGUACAAUCUGUAUAAACAGAUCAUAGGAAAGUGAAACAAGGAGAGUCCGUGUAAGCAGUAUGCGAGCAAAGGAGUAAGAGAGAAAAAGUUUACUAAUCUGUUAUUUCAUCGAAAAUUGGGCUGAGUCAUGUGAGCUUCUUUCUCUGCUUCAUGUACCAUUGUUCUGUGUACGGAGGAGAAUAAAGCUGAUCAAAUUUGGAAGAAGCAGGCGAACUUGAAGCACAUGGUGGAUUUAUGCAUAUUUCUCUACCCCAUCUAACCAAAUUUGAAUUUACGUGACAUGUCCAUUGCAGAUAAGUUGACUUAAUGCUUCCAUGCUUUAUAUUCUUGAAGUAACAAAGUUCAAUACUUUAUGGGAAAAUCUUAAAAUUAUUUGCUAAUAUUUCUCUUCUUUGAAAGAUCAAAUAAAGCCGAUAAGGUGACUAUAACUGAUCCAAUCGACCCAAAAAGGAAAGGAGGUUCAUGGCUAAGGGCCAAGAUGUUCGAAAGAGUACCAAUAAGAAAAGUAUUGAUCAAAACACCGGAAAAGAAGAGAAAGAAGACUGUGAAAUGAAGGUUGAUGCGCCACAAGAGGAAAAAGAUAAUGAAAUGAAGGUUGACGCACCAGAAGAGAAAAAAGAAGAUGAAAUCAAGGUUGAUGUGCAGCAAGAGAAAGAAGGUGAGGAAAUGAAGGUUGAAGCACCGCAGAUGACAGAAAAUGUAGAACCAGACCGUUCAUCUACUUUAGACCAUAAGAAAGAAGAUCGGGGCCAGAUGAACAAUGCUGAAGAUAAAGCAGUAUCGGACCCAAAGGGGGGGAAUGAGAAGAUAUCAAAUGACGAAUCAGGCCAGGACAAGGCACUUAAGAAGCCAGAUAAGAUUCUACCUUGUCCUCGGUGCAACAGCAUGGAUACAAAGUUCUGUUAUUACAACAACUACAAUGUUAAUCAACCUAGGCACUUCUGUAAGAAUUGCCAAAGGUACUGGACCGCAGGGGGGACUAUGAGGAAUGUACCUGUUGGUGCUGGGAGGCGCAAAAGUAAGAACUCAACAUUGCACUACCGUCAAUUACUGAUGGCCCCUGAUUGUAUGAUGGGAUCUAGGGUGGACAUCGCUAAGUCAGUGCUCCCUGAAGCUCUUGUAUCUUCACCUUCCGCCCCGAUACAGGCAGCCAGUAGAAAUGAAACAGUUCUCAAAUUUGGGCCUGAGGUGCCACUUUGUGAAUCGAUGGUGUCAGCACUGAACAUCAAUGAGCAGAGUGGAACCAACGCUGGAUCAGCACCAAGAGGUGAAAAUAGGGAAGAUAACUCUUGCGCAUCUUCUGUUACAUCAUACAAUGGACUGCCUGAAAACGCAGUUCACGUGGAUAAGAAUGGAGCGAUGGUUUACUGUAAUGGAGUUACCCCAGUGCCUCAAUAUUACCUUGGAGCCCCUUUCAUGCACCCUUGGAGUGUAGGAUGGAAAAAUCUCCCUGUGAUGGUACCAGGUAGAAGUAUGCCCGAAUCCGCUUUUCCUCCAGAGGGCUGCAGUAUUAGUUCAGCUCCAUGGAUGAACUCUCCCAUGAUGCCAGCCUCAAGACUUCCUGGACCAGCAUUUCCCUACCCUCUCGUGCCACCUGCACUUUGGGGUUGCUUGUCUGGAUGGCCAGCCACUACGUGGAACAUACCGUGGAUCAGAACUAACGGUUGUGUGUCACCGUCAUCGCCAAGCAACAGCAGCUGUUCAGGCAAAGGGCCUCCUACUCUGGGGAAACAUUCGAGGGACUCUAAUCCGCUGAAAGAGGCGAAGGAGGAGAAAUCAUUGUGGGUUCCCAAGACGCUCCGCAUUGAUGAUCCUGAUGAGGCUGCAAAGAGUUCAAUCUGGGCCACCCUUGGCAUCAAACCUGGGGACCCUGGCACCUUCAAGCCUUUCCAGUCCAAGGUUGAGAGGAAGGGCCAGACAUCAGACGCAGCUCAGGUUUUGCAAGCGAAUCCAGCAGCGCUAUCUCGCUCACAAUCGUUCCAGGAGAGCUCUUAACUUACAUGUCUGCAGUCUAUCUUAUAUAGUUUUGGUAUUGUAAAUUGUACAUGUUAGUAGAGUUUUGCGGUAUGUGAAAAGACCAUAAGAGAGCUUCUUGUGCAGCCACUAACUUAGUGGAACUUGCAAAGAGCUUUCCUGAGAACUCUUUUGAGAUGUGCACGCAUUGUAAAUACUUGACAAACUGGUUGUGUAUAUUUAGGUUCAAGUCAGGAAUAGACUCACCUGGUUGGCCUCCUAGUAUAAUUGGUUUAAGCUGUAAA